CACAGCGAAAACAAAAGAAAGGUUACGUCACUGCUGUGUUUCGCGCUUUAAAAGUCCGAGCUGUGAUUAUAAAGGCGAGCACAUUUGAGAAGGCGCUCUGCUAUUGGAGGCAGGGAGGAGAGCCAGCAGCAGCAGCAGCAGCAGCAGCACCCCGGAGCACAGGGGAUACUCCACAUCUCCACAUCUGCUUCGGAUGCUCCAGAUGAGUGUGCUUGCUGCAGCGGCACAGAAGUCAGACAGCAGCAGCAGCAGCAGCAGUAACGGUGACAUGCAGUCGGCCGCAGUGGCUCCCUCCUUCAUCCCCAGCCAGCCGGGAAAGAUACCGGGCAGGAAGAGGGGCAGGCCCCCCCUCCGCAGCGUGGCCAAGAUGGAUUUCCCCAACCGGUACCCCGAGUCGCUGCCGCCGCUCAAAGUACCAAAGAAGAGGGGGAGAAAGCCGGGCUUCAAGCUCAAACCGCGGAUGGUGAUGACCCCUCUGGCUAUUUCUCCACCCAGCAGCACGCCCGAGCCCGACAUGAGCUCCAUCCCUCAGGACGCUGCCACCAUCCCCCACUCUGCCACAGCCCAGGUGCUAACAGUUUGCAUCUACAUCAACAAGCAGGCCAACACGGGCCCCAACCUGGACAGGAAGAAGAUCCAGCAGCUUCCCGAUCACUUUGGACCCGACCGGCCGUCCGUAGUGCUGCAGCAGGCCGUCCAGGGCUGCAUCGACAGCGCCUUCCAGCAAAAAACCGUGUUCACCCUCCUCACGCAAGGCUACGGAGGAGAAAAAAUAUCAGGUGCUGUACCAAGACCUCGACCAGCCACAUUUGAUGGGAAGCAGCAUCUUUUGAGCCUCCCUGUGGUGAACAGCAUCGACUAUGUGCUUCGUUUCCUCAAGAAGCUCUGUCGCAGCCUGCACUGUGAAAACCUCUUCAGCGAUCAGCCCAUUAGCCAGCGCGGCGGUGGAUCCUAUCACUCAGACGCUGAGACGUCUGUGGCCGACGACUAUCACGGAGACCAGUCGGAAGGCAAGCGCUACUCCGUCGACCACGGCGACUCCGCCUUCGGCUCCAUAAGCUCGUCCUACUCCUCCAAGUCCUCCUACGGGUUCCGCUCUUCGCAGCAGUUCUCCGGCGGCUCGGGCUCCAUGAGCAUGUGCAGGCAGCCGGCCUCCAGCCCCGGCAUGUUCCCGGACGGCAACAGGACGGGAGGAUACGGUGUGUCUCCAGAAUCCCAGGAGUCCAAAGCCCCGGCCAAUAAGGACCCGACCACGUGGUCUGUGGAGGAUGUUGUCUGGUUCGUCAGAGACGCAGAUCCCCAGGCUCUGGGUCCCCAUGCAGACGUCUUCAGGAAGCACGAGAUUGACGGAAACGCCUUGCUGCUCCUGAAGAGCGACAUGAUCAUGAAGUACCUCGGACUGAAGCUCGGUCCGGCCCUGAAGCUGUGCUACCACAUCGACAAACUAAAGCAGACCAAGUUCUGAAAACUGUGCCAAACCCAAUGUCCGGUAGAACGUUCUAGAGGGGUUCGGUUCUCUGGCCGGCCGGUCUGUGAUCCGACGGGAAAGAGAAAGUCUCCGUGUGAUUUAGGAUCCUUCUAAUGCUUUACAUUUUCAGCCUUUUAGAAACAUUUCAGCAUGAGUUUCACCUUUGGUUCAGCAUGAAAUGGUCCUAACUGGAUCGUGAAAGGGCAUUUCAGUGGACGAAAACCUAAAGGAAGUCACUCAUUUAUGUUCGAGAGGCUAAAAAUCUAAAAACGUCUGCUGUUAGGGGGGAAAUUUGACUUGAGUUUUAUUUAACCAACAGAGCCAAUCGAAGCAGUCGGACAGCCAAAGAAUCUGAUCCGACGCUUGUAGACGACCGAUGAGAUUCCCAGAGGCUCACAGACCAGAAGACUCUUUUUGAACCGGUUUGCCAAUAAUUUCAUGAUGUCACACGCGAUUAUCACAGAUUCGCCUGCGUUCACAGAUCUUGAUGUACAGUUCCAGUCAGAAGUAACUCCUCUUUAUUAUGGACGCCACAAUAAAAUAUCUCCCUUCUGAUAUAUUUAACUAGAGACUCGUGAGGGCGUGUGUAUGUAAAUAUUUGAGUCUUAUUAGAGAAAAUCCACUACAAAUCCAAAGUUGUGAACCUAAUUCCUCUUUUAUUUUGUUCCACUUUUUUCUAUCAUGGGAACAAAUUGAAAAAAAAAAAAAGAAAUUAAAUGAUAGUAAAAUCAUUAAAUGCUCAGAAUGAUGUCAUUCUGAUUUCAUGUUCAUGGGUGGAUGUAAAUUUCUGACCAGAACUGUACACUCUUGGUUCUGAAAAACAUCUUUUACACAUGUAGCCUAAAAAGUCCCCCCCAAAAAAGUUUUUUUUUGUUUUUUUUUUCACAACAAUCAUAAAUCAUCGACCAAACAUGCUGUCACCUCGUCUACUUAGCAGGCUCAAUGCAUAUCCGUACCAGUACUGACCAGCGGUGCAUUUAAAGCAGCGUUGACUCACAGGUUUAGAAAAUCACUUUGAUACUAUUUUUUCACAUUGCCGUAUUAGUAAUGGAUUUGUCAUUCUUUGUUUUUGUAUGACUUGAAUAUUUAAACAGUAUAGCAAAGCAAAAAAUAACGAAGAAUAUAAAGAAGAUGACGGCAUAGUCUGUGUGAUAUAUUUAUAUCUUAGAUUGUUAUCUCCGCUUCAUACACUGACGUUUUAUUGUUUUUCUAUUUUUUUAUUAUUUAAACGUUAGUGUCGAUAGAGAGAGUUGCCAAAACCCCCCGACCGUUGUUGUAAAUGCAUUUAUUAUUUAGUAUUGCUUUUGUACGCAUUCUUUUCUAAACGACUAACCUUUGUAAGUGAACGCUGCCGUGAGACUCUGCAGGUGGAGCGAGUCCAGUGAGAUCAGACGGAGGCGUUUUACUUUGAAAAUCACAGCGAGUUUUUAGGAGAGUCCGCCGAGGCUCUGCUGGUGCUACACUUGAUCUACGUGUUUAACUGUUUGCUUUUGUGUUCGUGAGAUCUCCAGAGGAUCUUCUGACUGUGCUGUGCUGUAUGUGAGCAUUAAAACUCAACCGAGAGUCCCAAA